UUUAUUUUCCACCAUAUAUACACACCCCCUUUCUGCACCCACCCAUCGUACAACAAAACCGACACUCCCCCUCUUUCAAACUCUCUCUUAACAAAAUGGCCGCCCAAGUGACCUCCCACGUGCGAGUUCUUACGGUUUACAACAAAGACGACCCUCAUCGGACGGUCGCAAAUCAAUCUGGCCCCGACACCUUAACGCCUCUCAUCACCCGAGACUUACUCACCGGCGGCUCUUCCAAAUUUACCGACCCCCAAGAAUUGGACCUCGACCUUCAACUUCCUUCCGGCUGGGAAAAAACGCUCGACUUGAAGUCAGGAAAAAUGUUCAUACAAAGAAGCAAUGUUCAAGAUUUCAACAACCAUCAAACCAAUCAAACAGUGGCAAAGCUUCAAGAUUUGAACUUUCCGCCGUCGCUCAAUUAUUCCAAAUUCAAAUUGUCCAACCAUUUGGUCCACGAAACGAGCUUGGAUUUGAAAUUGGACUCCUCGUCGUCGUUGUCGUCGCCGCCGUCGCCGUCGCCGAGGAGUAAUUAUCAGAGUGUUUGUACUUUGGAUAAGGUGAAGUCGGCACUCGAACGGGCUGAUAAAAAUCCCAUCAGAAAACGCUCGUCGCUGUGGAAAUUGUCACCGUCGCCGUCGUAUUCCUCCUCAUCGUCGUCAGCGAGAGAGUUUCAAGAAGAAGACAAUUUUAAUAAAUCUCUGUCGUCAUCUUCCUCGGCGGCGGCUCAGAUCGCCGUGGGCUGCCCUGGGUGUUUGUCGUAUGUGUUGGUUAUGAAGAACAAUCCGACGUGUCCACGGUGUAGGUCCGUCGUGGCGUUGCCGGCGGAGAAGAAACCUCGGCUUGAUCUGAACAUUUCGAUUUGAAUCCAAGAGGUGGGAAGGAAAAGUAUUUUUAAUAUUUUUUAAUUAUAUGUAAAAAAGAAAAUUGCAAAAAGGAAAGGUGGGAUUUCAAUAGAUCAUACCAACAAUUCAAGUAU